CCGGAUGUCCUCGCCCUCUCUCCGCCAUGAAGACCAACAAGGUUCCUCCAUCAUGACAACUCCCGCGCAAACAUUGCCUGCGCACACAAACCGCCAACAACUGCCGCCAUAUAAACCCAAUGACCAAGCUGCUGGUUCGGAAACGAAGAUGGCCGGCAAGAAGGCGGAUAGGCGGAGUACUGAGUACGUGCUGAAAAGCGGUUUGGCAGGGGGUCUAGCUGGCUGUGCUGGAAAAACCGUGGUUGGCCCUCUAGAUCGCGUCAAGAUCCUCCUUCAAACCAGCAAUCCAAACUUCCAGAAGUACGCCGGACACUGGACAGGCUUGCCCAACGCCAUCCGUGAUAUCUACAGUGUGCAUGGCUCCCGCGGACUCUUCAAAGGCCACUCGGCGACCCUCCUUCGUAUCUUCCCUUACGCUGGAAUCAAGUUCCUCGCAUACGAGCAGAUCCGUACUCGCGUUAUCAAAAACAAGGCAGAGGAAACACCGCUACGACGUUUCGCAUCCGGUAGUCUAGCGGGCGUAGUCAGUGUUUUCUUCACAUACCCGUUAGAAGUGAUCCGCGUCCGGCUCGCCUUUGAAACACAGACACAACAACGUAGCACACUUCGAAGUAUCUGCCGCAUGAUCUACAGCGAGCACCCACCGCCUCCAGUACAUCACCCCACCAAUGCCAUCUCAGCGGCCGCUGCUACCGUCGCAGAGAAAGCCGCGCCACGCACAGGUCUCGCCAACUUCUUCCGCGGCUUCACCCCGACUCUUCUCGGUAUGAUCCCUUACGCCGGCGCCUCCUUCCUCGUUCAUGACACCGUCUCCGAUCUCCUGCGUCUACCCCUCGUCGCAGACUACACCACCCUCCCCCACACCGCUCGUACCGAAUCCACAACGUCCUCCCACAAACCUGCGCAACUCCGUUACUGGGCCGAGCUCAGCGCGGGCGGUUUCGCGGGGUUGAUUUCCCAGACCGUAUCGUACCCACUCGAAGUCAUUCGUCGCCGUAUGCAAGUUGGAGGUGUGGUGGGAGACGGCCAUAGACUCGGUAUAGCAGAGGUCGCGAAGCGCAUCUAUUUGACUAGCGGUUUCCGCGGUUUCUUCAUCGGCCUGACAAUCGGGUAUGUCAAGAUCAUACCCAUGUCGGCUACCAGCUUCUACGUGUAUGAACGUGGCAAGUAUUAUCUUGGCAUAUAA